ACUACUAAAUCGAGAACACGAAAGAAUGGUAAUUCAUCAACGAAACCAAAAAGUAAAAAACCAAAGUUGGAGGAUAAACAAACUAUAAAUAAUGAACAUGAAAUGAGUAUAGAUGAAGAUUCUAUUAAAGAACCGGUAAAAAGUCAUUUAAAAGUAUCGGAAUCAAAGCCAAAGAAACGAGGAUUAAAAACUAAAAUUUCUGAUACAAGCAAAAUUUCUAACAAAGAAUCAGCAUCAUUGGAAGUACAAAGACUUAUACAAAAACAUAAACGUCGCAAAGAAAGAAAGAGAAUUAAGGAUG